AUGGAGACGUCGUUGAGGUCUCCGGAAGAGGAAGAACUGCACGAGAAGUCGUCGCGAAUCAGAACCUGGGUCAGCAAUCGCAUGAAGGAGGUACGCGACGAUUUCAUUUUGAAAUGAAAUGAAACUUAUUGUUUGUACACAGACAGAUCUGUGGAAGGGAGGAAGAGAACUAUGAAAGUUAUGUUUGCCUUUAUCUUCCAGGGAUUUCGUGAUAAAACUCAUUUAUGUAGGAGCACUGUACUAGGGAAAGAUUGGAAGAAACUUCAGCUCUGAUUAGUAAAUUUUAUUUGACAAUUUUGACUCUAUUCUUAUGAAAUAUAACCAUCUAACGCUUGAUUUCUCUUUAUGAUUCAGGCGCUCUUCUUUUCUGCGUUGACCAAGUGUUUCCUUUUGCCGACGUAAAUUGAAGCUUUAUAUUUCGUGUUCAGAGUUAUGAAAAUCUCCUUUCGAUUGCCAUUUCCGAGCUGCCGAGUCCUUUAAAAAAGUGUCAAAUUUCCUUUUAUGCUCGAAAAUCGACAGCCCAUAUUCCAGCAGACAAUAAUGGAUUGGAAAAAUCUUUUCCUUUUUAUUUUUCCUUGGCUUUUUCUUCUGUUUACUCAAAAUUAGGCGAGCGGAUAUGCUCACGGACGUUUUGGCUAUCUUAUUUAUUUAUUUAGUCUUUUUGGAACUUACUUGUUUUUCGUAGAAAGGAAUCAUUUUUCUUUUUUCGAAGGCUUUAAAAAGAGAAAAGUUACUGGAUAGGUCCUCAUAGAUUUCCCUGAUAACUCCCCGUCAAUUAUCUUAUAUCGAAGCUUCUGAUCACAAGUAAAAAAAUGUUUGAUCAGAAAGUUGAAUUUAUAGAGAUCAUAUUUUUUCCAAUAAGUGGAACGUUUUUUAUCAGUUGAGAAAACGACCAGAAAAAAGAUCUUAAUCUUUGAGGUUUUCGUUUUCAGAAAUAAAUGCUUUUUUAAGUUUAUCGCCAGAAGCCUGUGAAAAAUAUUUUUUAUGGAAUAUUUUCCCUUUUUCGUGCCUCGAAUUUGAAUUUGACCUAUUCCUUCUCUGCAAAUCUAGCUCUUCACUUCCUUCAUUAAGAUCAUAUGUUGAGAAUUUUAUACGGCAACAAUUUUUAAGCGAGAAAAUGAGAAGUAAUCUGAAACUUAUGCAAGAAGUAAAUUUUCAGAGACGCGAAGAAAUUUAUUUUCGUUUUUGACGAUAAUUUUCUAAUUUCUGGAAUUCUUGAACUUUUUGAGAAGAUUUUCUUAAUUUAACAUGGCGAUGAAUCCGGAUUUAUUUUCUUUUGGACGAGAAAGUAAUAUUUUUCAAUUAGAUCUCGGAAAUUCCUCAUUUCUUCGCUUUAUAUAAAAGGGAAGAAAUGAGAAAUAUUUAUGUAUUAAAUAAAUUUGGGAAAAACAGUGAACAUGAACGUCGUCGAGUUUGAUACGAGCUCCCCGGGGACUGAGGUCCAACCCUUUCGUGUCCAUUCGGCCACGUCGAUUCCAACCUCCGGCCUAUUUCAUCCAUCAGCCACAAAAUCCAUUUUUCUUCUUUUUUCUUUUCACGUUGUUUUUCUCAUUAUUCGAUGGCUUAUAAUGCGAUUGAACGCGUUGGAAUAGUGCAACUGAAAACCUUUGUUUUUGGAAAUUUACAACUGAUCGCGAGUCUUUUCGUGCUGUCAAUCAGCCAUAGAACUGACAAAGAAAAGGGGGAAAAAAAUAGAAUAUUUAGAAAAAAAUUAUCACGUAGUUUUCAAGGUGAUUAAAUUUUAUCAUUUUUUUUUGAAGGAAUCGAAGAUUAUUUUCCAGUUUCCAGUGUCAAGUUUUUCCCAAAUUUUUCUCAAAUAUAUUUUUUAAAUUUAGUUCAGCUCGACUUUCUCUUCACUUCAUAUUAUAAUCCCAGCUCCAAAGAGAUGAUCUUUUUAAGAAAAUUGUCCAUUUUGGCACUUUGGUUGAAAUUGAGUACGGCAUUUUUUUUCCAAUUCUGUUGAUAUUGAAAAACCGAAAAAGAUUAGAUUGAGAACCUCCCUUUAAAAUCCAAAUUCCAAGGCAAAAAAAUUUAAAUAAUAAAAACAAACUGAAAAACCUCCCCCAGGGCGUUGUCAAGAAAGUUGUUGAGAAGAUCAGAUUACCGAUUUUGGCGCCAUUUUCGCCUCAUUGAGGUCGUUUUUCAGUUCUUUUUUGGGUAGCCUUCGAUCAAAAUGACCUUCUCGCCAGGCACACGUUCCUUCUUUGUCUUCUCUUGAAAAUCUUUUGAAUCACUUUCUGUUUUGGUCAUUUUCCGUUUGAAAUGAACUGAAAAAGAACAGAGGAGGUCAGUUUUUGGUGGCCGUCCGGAAAUGGCCGAUCUCUCAUAUUGCAUGCAUUUUGCAUGUGGAAUCGUGUUUGCUGGCAUCUCGACGGCCUCUCUUCGUAUUCAUGUGCACCCCCAGGAUGCCUUCACUUCGCGAACAUUCGUUUUUUACUAUACCUUUCUUUUUUCUUCCACUCUGUUCUCACUAUCAAUUGUAUCAGUCGUGAAACGUUCAUGGUCGCUAAGGAACCUUUUUUUUCGAAAAUUUUCCUCUAUUUUAUGCCUCAGUAGUGCUUGCAUUGUAGUUAUCUCCAGGUUGAUUGAAUAUUCGAAGUUUGAAGCAGAAAAGUCUAGAUCGGUUUUUGGAUUAGAAGCAGUGUCGAAUUGUCAAGUGACCGUCUUUUUUUGAAGACUUUUUCAGUCAGCUCUAGCCAAAAACAUUGAUGGAAAUUUUCAGAUUUUUUAACUUUAGUCUAUGCUGAGCUCCGAGGGAAAGAGGGUUCCAGUUUAUUUUGAUUGAAUCCUGAUUCCAAUCGCCGAUGUUUAGAUCAAACAACUUUAAUCUUUCUCAACAUUCAAUAUCAUUUUGUUAUUCUAUUAUAUUCUAGUCUAAUUUUCUGGUUCGUUAUUUACCUAAACUAUAAUAUGAGCAUUGAAACUGACUUAUUGUGUUGUGUUCCACUUAUUUUGAAAAAAAAAGUGGUCUUGAAUAUCAUUUCUUUUUUUGGUUUCCUCUGACUUUGAAAUUAUCCUAACCAACUUUUUGCAAUCCUGACAAACUCAAUGAAAAUGAAAAAUCUCGUCAGGAAAAUUCAUUGCUUUAAUUUAUUUUUUGAUCCAUUCGAAACGCCUCUCCGAAGGAAAGACAAUUACGGAAAACCAAAAAUCGGCUAAAUUGUCAGGGGAUCAAAUAACGCAAAAACGGCUGUUUUCCCAGCCCCAUUUUUCUUCAUCAAAUUAGAAGCUGAGAAAAGACGGCGGCUCCGGAACGACGUCUAAGAGCUCCCCACACAGAAGCCAGAGACAAACACUAUAACCGCCCCAACUUCUCAGGUUUCUACCCACCAAAUCUGCCGCCUUUUACUUGUUUCGUCUCUGCAACCACACGUUUCUGAUUCUGAACUCCGAAAAUUCCUCUUUUUUUUUUCUUCAUUUUGAAUAAAGGAUCGAUUGAGAAAUUUCUCAGCGCUUUACUUCUGAAAGUGCUCCAAAAACUUUAUAAAAUUUAUUCAAAGUUAGAACUUUUUCUUUAAAAACUUCAGGGAGUACAGAGCUGAAAUUUUGAAAGUGUUGAGAUUUCCCUGAUAAAAAAAUAAUUUUUAAAAAAAUUUUUUUCAGAGAAUAUUUUCGUCUGUGAUCUUUGUUUUCAAAAAAUAUUCAUUUAAAAAGUUGAAUUGAUUGGGAUAUUUUGAUUUAAAAAAAUCACGAUUUUCCACGAAAAUCAACAUUUGGAUCGUAAGAUAAACUAAAAAUAUUUGUAUUAUUUCCUGGUUGGAAAAAUCAGUAUGGUUUUGUAAGAAAUGUAAUUUUUGAAAAUGAGUUUAAAAUAGGGAACAUAAAAAAGAGAUGAAGAAACAGAAUCAAAAGAAUUGAUGUCAAAUUUUGUCAAAUUUUCAACCAUUUCUCAAAGGUCAUUUCAGCUGUUCAAACGUCAUGAGUUUGAACGUCGCGAUUCAAAGAGAAUUGUUCUUUUUUCGAUGAUGAGAAAACGCAGGUGCGAAACCCAUCCGAAACGAUGGAAUUUUGAGAAAAAAGUCUCCAUCGAACAGAUGGCUGAUCAUUUUUAUCCUACAAUGGCCGCCACCUGCCCAUUUGUUGCAGCGUAAAUCAACCAAGUUUUUGUAGUUUUUCGUUUCGAAAAGAUUUUCGAAAACUAUACCUUUUUGAAAAUUUUCCUUUAUUUUUGCAGAAUGCCUUUUUCGAGAUCAAUUUGUAUUAUAGAAUUUAACCGCUAACAGUUUUGAAAAGCUCUGAAAGUUAGCCGGUACCUGCUUCUGCGAUGUUGAGAGCUUUUCGAAAAGGCCGAAACGAAAUUUCUUUUUUUCACUUUCUCCAGACUUUAGCUUAAAGUAGAUUUGGGAGAUUUUUGAUUUCUAUAUAACCUUUUCUUCCCAUCUGCAAUACCUUCCGGCGAAAUCCCAUCAUUUUCGUUCUGACUUUUUUCUCGGUUCGGGUCGCGUAGGUUCACCAGAUGUCCAGAUUUUUGUGAAAGCGUAGAAAUCCACAUUUUUUGGACCAUUGACGUAAUUUUUGCAUUUUUUUUUACUGAGUUUCCUCAGGGGUGUGGUACAAAAAAAGAAGGUUUUUCAACCUAGAAACCCUAUUCUUCUAUUCUUCAAAGGAAUUUUCUUUCAUAUAGUUCAUUGCCAAAACGACUUGAAACAUAUCAAUGGAGCGUCUUAAUUUCCUAUUUUUCAGAACUCUUAGCAAAAUGCGAAAUAUUUUCAAAGCUUCGAAGUUGUUUAUGAAUGAAAAGAACACUGAAAAUAGUUUUUUGACUGUAUUAAUUUUCUUCCUAAUAAGUUCAUGCAAUUUUCCAGAAUUUAUUUUUGAACAGAACUUCAAAUUUUCCACAUAGAAAAAAAAAUUAUGGUUUUAAUUUUUUUUUUCUUCUUUCAUUUCUGAUCUCAUUUUACUAUGUCAAGUUCAUCUUCGGAGGUUCUUCACUUUUUUCUUGUUCUUCGCAAAAACAACAGCCAGAUGUGGAUAUUAUUGAGUGAAGACGGGAAUUUCGAUAUGCGAGACUCAUCAAAUCCCUAAACGCGUUUAUGGUCGUAAUAACGACGGAAUGAGGCGCGGCCGGGCACGAAAAAGACAAAAACCCACGAGUUCUUUCCGUUCUUCUUUUUUCGUGGGUUCGAAUCGGACCAUCGUGUGUCCUGCAGCUGGCAAUAACCGCGACGGAGCUUUCCGCGCGACCUCCUCUAGAGAGGCUUUUUUGAGGUUUUCAGAUAUGGUCAUGGUUACACUGCGAUUCGGCUAGAUAUUUAAAAAAAAAGACCCGAAAAUUGAAUCAAUGAAAAAAUUUAAUGAAAUAACUUUGGUCAAAAAGCUGUCUCAUAUUUUGUCUGUUGAACUUGGAACGACGUUGCUCGCAGUCGCGUUCCAUUUGCCUCUACAGUAGACCUUGAAUCGUUCUAUACCAUCUUUUGUCCCCGCAAGCCGUUUCAAGUCGGUCACUCAUUGGAGCAUCCCUCAAUCGUUGAGCCAGUCCAAAAUUGUUUUUGUUCAAAUUGGAGGGAAAAUAGGAAAAAUCAACGUUCAAAAGUUUCCUCGUCAGUUUUUCACUUAAGAGAAUCUUCUCUCGAUAUCCUCAACUUCGAUGGGAUGUUUUUCCUGUGUCGGAAUAAUUUUUGUUUUGCUUUUUCAUGAUUUAUUGGGAUCCUAGCUUUUUCAACUUCAUGAGAAUAUCAAAAAUUCUUCGAUAAAACAUGAAAGUCUUGAAAAUUGAAAAAUUAAAGGCGUGAUUUGCAUUUUUCGAUGGAACCUUAUGUUUUUCUCUGCGAAGUGUCCUCCUGUGGAUCUGUCGAGGUUCAGUUUUCCAGCUUCUUUUUCUUAUUUUUUUCUGGCCAGAGUCCAUAUGCCUUAUGUGAACAGUUAACCUCAUUUGGCGGUUGCUGAUGAGUCAGAUCUCAAGCAGCCAAAAGAGGAAGACCACGCCCUUGGGCAUUGGCGCCCACGAAAUGGACACCUUGCGCUCAAUUUGAUGCUGGCGCCACCCUAUCCUCACUUUGAAAUCCAUUCCAUUCAAUCUGAAUAAUUAAAUGUGAACGCUUCGAGAAGCCUUCCCUGGAUUCCCAAGUUUUUCCUUCUUCUUUUCAAGCCAAUUUUAACUUGGUGCGACUUCAACUAUAAAAUGUUGUCCUAAACUUUCUCGAACAGUAAUUGUAAAGAAUUUUGAAGUAAGAAUUAUCUUGGAACUAAAUUCCAAUGAUCGAGAAAUAUGUAUUGAAGAGUCAAAAAAAUUAACAAGAAAGGUUAUAAAGGAUCCAGCGCUUGAUAAAUUACCCGGUUGAAUAAUCAUAAACUGUUUUUUUUUAAUCUUGCAUUUUGAACGUCGAAUCUCGAUUUGAAAUGUCUACUUUCCUUUUCUCAGGCGUUAAUCACAAAUACUCAUCGAAAAGAUCUAUCAGAGAGACUUUUGGGGAGGCUGGCAACAAUGGCCGGUUCUAAUUAAACGGGCUGCCAGAAGAUUGCGCAAUUCGCCUCUGCAAAUGAGCAGCAGAAGACGUUCACGGUCCGUCGAUCCGAUUAAUGCAUUGUCCGACUCUCCCGUUGGUCAUUUCCCCCUUUUCGACUGAUUCGUGUUUCCAAUGUUGCUUUAUCUUCUAGAAAGUUCUUUGUAAUGGGAACUAAUUUUUAUGAUCUGUGCUUUUUUUAACGGGCAUUUUUCCGAAUUUUAACACGGUUCUGAAGACGUAUCUUAGAGCUUUCAACAGAAUAAAGCUAGUCUUUAACUUGAUCCUCUUUUUGUGAAAAGCUUCAAAAAGUCUCCACUCUAAAAUAUUUUACUCUAGUUUCAGAAACAUUAUUAAUUUUCGAAAAGUUGAAUCUCAAAAGUACGAAUAAAAAAGAAAAAAUUUUCGAAUUUCUACAGAACAAAUGCAAAAAAAAUUUUUUUAUUGAAAUUCCAGCGAGUUUUUAUGGAUGUGCUUUUUUCUGUUACUCAGCUUCUAAACUGAAGUUUCGGGAAAGCUGCAAAUGAAGAGGGGAAUUUGUGGAGGACACCCAAAUGUUGCAAUCUAUCAUCGGAGUCAUUCCCUCCAACGGCGCGCUCCUUUUUUUCUCUUUUUGGCCUGCCUUCCAUUUCACAUCUUCUAAUUAGUAUUGUUAGCCCUCUCCAUGGAUAUUCCGAUGCCAUGGCGCCACUUUGAAGUUUCCCUGCAUCUACAACUCUUUUUUUUUUGAAGGCUUGCACAUUUCUAAAGUUUUCGGCAAAUGUUGAAAUUUAGGUUGUUCCAAGCUACAUUGAUUUUUUUCAAAACGAAGGUUAUAGCUAAUUAUUAUCAAGUACCAGCGUGGUCGGCUUCGGACUCAAAGGUAAAAAUAUUCACUCGGCGUAUUUUUAAAAAUUUAUUGAUUUUAGAUCCUUAAAUAACAUUUUGAGACGAAACUUAUCGGCGUCUUGUGUUCGAUAAGAAAGGAUAUGAAUUUGAGUUACAAUUUCCUUUUUUUCAUUCAUUUUUUUCAUUUUGCGUCAAUUUUUUUCACAGGGUUUUUUUGUGAAAAAUUUUCGAAACGAAUUUUCAUGACAAAAAAAUAAAUUUCUUAGAGUUUAUUCAUUUUUUUGUAAGUUCUGAAAAAAAUUUUUUUAAAAUAAAAAUUGAUAUCUUCUUUUUAAAAAUAGUUCACGUCGGUUUGAUGAAACUUCAUUUUAUGGCAAAAAAAUAAAUACAGAAAACGAAAAACUACCAUCUGUUUUUUUUUUUUGCGCAAAAACUUGAAGAAGUCUUCCAAUCCGCUCGUAUCUUCAAAAAUCUCAGCCAGUAGUUUUUUUCUCCUUCGCCAAAUUCCAAACAAAAAGUGAAACGGCAAGUGCGUGUCUGCACGUCAUAUAUUACCGGGAGCGCUGGUGGCACUCCGACCUUCCCUCUUCAUCCCAAAUCUCCCAUUUUCUUCUACAGCUUUUUGUAUGGUUUAGAGAUUCCGGAUUAAUUGAGGGAAGCUGAAAUUUUGGAUAGAUGGUCAAAAAAUGAAAAAAAAUGCACUCGAAUUGUUCUUCGAACUCGAAGCCUCUCCAGAGUUCACACAAGUUGAAGCUAGUACUGGCUCCUAAAGCUACAGAAUUGAUCGUAGGGAUAAACUUUUCAGAAAUUCAGUUCUCCUAAUUAAUUUUUUUUUUCAGCUAAAAUUUGAUCCUUAACCAAAACCUCCCUUUUUUCAGAAUAUUCUUGAAUCCCAUUAGAAACUCAAGUGAACCUUUCGAAGGGAGUGUAAAAAAGUUCAGAGUUCAACUUUUGAGCCACAAAAAACCGAACCGAAGUAUAAAAGAGUCGUAGGUUUGAUUUGAUGGAACGAAACGAAAUUUUUGGAGACGUCGGAAGGAUUUCUGCCUUUUCUCUUCUUCUUUUUUUUUGUCUUUUCCUCGAGGCUCUUGGGGCAUUUCGGCUCGUUACCCAAAGCCUUCAUAUUUCUUUUCUCUUCUGUCUCCUCACUUUUUGCUUUAUUCAGUUCGAUCGAAUUUUUGGGCUUUUCUUCUGUCCAACUAUACUUCAAAUAGCUCGAAAGAAGUUUUGUAAAAAAGAAAGAAACAUUGGAAAGUGCGGAGGAAGUCGCCAUUUUUUGGGGUGCGGCGAGUCAAGACGCAUUUCCUGACGUUUGGGACCAUUAUAAAUGCUUUUCCGAUACGCCAGCGGCUCUUUUUCGAGCUUUAGCCUCGUUGUUUCUUCAUAAAUCCACAAUCUUAUCGCCUUCUUCGUUGUUUUUAGCUCUUGUUAAAAUAUCGGAAUUAUCUUUAGCCAUUGGGGUAGGUUUAAAUAAGGUAUGAUAAAAAUGAAGGUGAGCCUUGGGAAAGAAUAAAAAAAUUUCCUUUAAAAAAACGAAAAAGAAUUUUUUUGUUCAUUUAAAAACCUGUGAUCGAUUAUCGAUAAUUGAAAGCGAACCAGUUUUUCAAAUGAGAUUUUGAAAGUAAUGUACGACUACUAAUUAAAAGUUUCUUUUGAGAAAGGAAAAAAAAAAUAAAAACUCAUCUCUAUCUCAACUUCUAUACAUUUUAGAGGAUAUUUUUUCUUACUUUUCUGAGACUGUGAAAAAAAAACUCCUGAAAACUAUCCAUAGUGUAAACUAUUUUUUCUUGUUUUUCAAAACAUGCUUCAUUAGCUGUGAACCUUCAUUUUGGAGCAACAAAAAGAAGAAGAGGCUAGAAAAGAGUGUUCGGAUUUUGUAACAACACCAAGUCAACGGCGGUGAUUUAUCUUCGAGCCCUCGCCGGCCAUCUUUUUCCCAACUUGCUACGUUUUUGUUUUGUCUUUAUCAUUCGCUCCACCUUUUUUCUUGAUUCUUGAGAUUACCCGCAAUUUUUUAUUUCAGUUGGAAGAGCAAAACGAACGGUUACGAGUGCAAAACCUGAGAUGUACGACGCAGUUGCAGAUGUUGCGCAGUUUCACUGAGAAAACCCGGCAAAUCAAGGCGGAGAUGGCCAUGAGCAGGAGCAUUACCGUACGUUCCGAUCCUUCUAUCUCGAUGAGUGUUAACAAUCAAUUAGGCUGGUUUGUAACGGCAAGAAGAAGAAAAUUCGAGAUUAUGGAACUAAGAAUUAUUCUCGACUUUCCAACGAAAGUCUAUUAGCAGUUAGAGAAAAAAGGUUUGAAAAAAAAAACAAAUGGAAGGUAGUGAAAGUUACACCGUAAAGGAGGACAGGAAGUCUUAUAUAUAUAUAUAUAUAUAUAUUUUUUUUUCAACCCCUCAGCUUAGUUCAAGGUUUUUUUUUUUACAUGAAACUCUGGAAUGAUGCGAAAGUUCAUACAGGCUAAGGUUUUCUAUGUAAUUUUGAUCAAAAGUUGGAGAAAAAGAGUCAAGAAAUGUGCAAUGCGUUCUUAGGGAACUCUUCCGGUGCUCCGCGACGAAAACCGGACGUCGGACGACAGCGGCCUGACGUCAGACGACGCAGAUGCACGGCGUCAGAUGAGCGUCAGCAUCGCCGAUUGCACGCCGCGAAUGCAACGCAAAACCGGUCAUUUUCGAGUCGCCGCUUUUUGCAUAACUCUUCAACACCUAUAACACUCUCUCUCAACAGCUAUUGUUGUUUUUCAUGUUUCUCACUUCGAAAAUUGCUUUUCUCUUUGAAUGAUGUUCUAAGAAUAAUGACAAAAAGAAAGAAAAUUUUUAAAAUGACCCUUCUGUUUUAUUGUUUUUCAGUUUCAAUGAGACGUUGAAUAUUUCUGAAACUUUCUAAAACUUGUUUUUUUUUUCUCAGUACUUCGAAGUCGUAUUUGCGAAUAUUAGACUCUAUGUAUCAUUUUUCAGUGGUUCUUACAAAUACGUACACUAUAUUAAUAUCAGAUCAAAAAUAGACUGCCACAAGUAUAAAUGUUUGGUAACCUUCAGGAAACUGUAAAAUCUCAUUCUUUCAAUUUUUCAUUUCCUCUUGAAAUCAGCGUUCAUUAACUGAAAGCUGAAGAAUCUUUACUUAGCCUUCCUUAUCUCGGUCAUUUCAGCUCGUGGCGUGAAGGAGAAAAACGGCUCGACGACGUCGACGAGCGAAAGCUCUCCGUGCGACGACGUCGGUAAGCCGAUGCCCGCCCCACGACGUCUUCAGGCACCUGUGAGUUUGAGGGAACCGAUUCUGGAGCGAGAACGUCUUCAGAUCGAACGAGACAGCCUGAAUUCCUAUGCGGACGACUACGAGUUUGACGUCGAGGAUGAGUCUUUCGAGCGGAUUGAUGACGUUCCUCGUGUUGAUGGGUUCGUUCCAUUUUUGACGGACCAUGCUAAGAUCUUUUUGUUUUCAUCGUGAGAACAAAAUGCUUUUUUUUUUGACGAUUAUCGUAUUUCACCAGGAAAAAUUGAUACUCUUGUAUUAAAGCUUCUACUCUGGGACAUUCAGAAUUGCGUUCACUCAAGAAUUUCUUUCUUCUCAAAAGUAAAAGAAAACCAAAAUUUUUUAAAUCACUGCUUUUGAUCUUAUACUUGGACAAAAUUUUUCUCAGGAAAAGCUACGCCGAUUACGUGAAUCUGAAUGAGUUUGUCGCGAUUCGGGAUGAUAAGCAGCCCUACAGUGAGAUCAUCAAAAAUAACAAUCAGAGAGAAUUGCCGCCGAUCCCUCCUUCUCAUCAGACUCGCUCUUGGGUUAGUUUCCCGUAUCAAACAAGAAAUAUAUGUCUAUUCUUUUUGCAAUUCGGCAAUAACUUACUGUAAAGUUUUACGCUCACGCAUUUUAUUAGUACGUUAAAAAAAGUGAAGAUCUGGUCGAAAAAAAAGAAUUCGGAAGUUUUAAGUGAUUCGAUCUACUAUUCUCAGUUAUGAUGUCGAUCAAGCUUCAUUUCCAGGAAACGAAGCUGCUGCAAGUCGCCGAGAGAUGUCUGUCCUUCGUGGAAUGCGAAGCAGGCGCCGAAGGAUCUUCCGGGUCGCCGUCGCAGGCGUCGCCCUACCACGUCUCCAACAUCAGCCGGAUAUCGGCGACGCGAACCGAUUCGCCGGGAUCGCGGCGAUCGAAGCUGUCGCGACACUCGUCGCCGCGGCCCUCUUCCGCAGGCCGACCGCAUUUUACCGGUUCGCCGGACUGCGGCAGUGCCUACGCGGUCAGAGACUUGGGCCUCGGAUCGGAUCCUCCUGUCGACUAUUAUAUUCCUCCUGAUGCCGCUUCCAGGAUGUCCAAUGGAUCUUGCGGCGGAGUCAGAAACUCGCUGGUCCCUUCUAGAGAAACGGUAAGGGCAGAGCAAUUUCGAAGGCCACAAACUUCUAAGUAUUAUCGUAGUAAAUUUGGAGGAGUGAAUGUCGAAAUUAUUUAUGUAACAUUAUGAGGAUGAAAUUAUGUGAUUAAAAUGAGACUGGGAAAGAGUAAUACGGAAUUAUAUUAAAAUAAAUUUAAGUAUCGCGCAGCCGUUUCGGGUCUAUAAAAAUGGACGGCUUAGAGGGUGACCCAUCGUCAGCAUUUUCCCUCUUGCUUAUAGCAAAAUAUAAUUGAAACUUUUUAGCUUUAAACCUAGGCGCGUAUUUUUUUUUUUGAAUAAAAUAAAGUAAAGAGUAUAAGAGUAAAUUUGAAUGAAUGCAAGGAAGAAAGUAUAAGAGAGUCAGAGUAGACGUAUAAGUCCAUCACUUUCUUCAUGCGUAUAAAGCCAUCACUUUCUUCAUGCGCUUGAAACAUUCCAAGUUACCGAAAAGACAAGUUUCAGUUGUAAAGUAAGCUCAAAUAGCAUCAAAAAUCUUUUUUUUCAAAACUUUUUGCUAGUCAGCUCUUUCUCCAGGACUAUGCUCUCAAAUUCGAGUUUUUCAUGCUUAAAAUUGAAGUUUGAGGUCGAAAAAAGCGGAUAUUGGAGUCACAUGACGGAUUCUCGGGUCAAAUCUUUAAAACGUCGUUUUGUCGUUUUCAAAAACGGGAACUUGAGUUUCUACCGCAGCUCUGUAAGGAUACAGCUUCGUAGAAGCAUGUGCUCCUCUUGUUUUCCAGAAAAAUGGAAUGCGAGAAGAAGAACCGUUGUUGAAAAUCGCCGUCACGGAUAUCAAGUCUGUCGUGAAGAUCAAUCAACAGGGAGCCGCCUAUGCUUUUCAAGUAUCUAUCAACAAAAGUUUUUUCAUUACGACAAUAUUUCGUUGCAGCUUGUGACGUCGACCGACAAGUUCAAUUUUAUGACGGAAAGCGAAAAAACGACACAUGAAUGGGUCUCUGUGCUGUCAGCGGCGGUGAAAGGUGAUUGAAGAUUGGACAAUGAAUUAAAAUAGGUUUCGUGAAUAAGUUUUCACUGAAUACAAUUUUGAACUUUCUAAGUUUUGUAUAAAAAUGGUUAUCAUGUUUCGCAGCACACAUAUCAAAUUUUUGGCCUAAGUUAGCUCGAUUGUUCGAAUGUAGGAGGGAAAAAAAGUUAAUUAUAGACUGUUCUCUGCACUAAGAGAACUCUACAAAAAAGCGUUUCUUCUUAAGCAUAGAUGGGCAAGUAUAGAACUUAGUCAGACCAGGAGGAGGAGUUGGUUUUCAAAAAAAUUUAGAAAGUUAGAAAUCCAACUAAUUUGAACCUCCGAGAGAUUUUUUUGUAUAUUUUUUUAAGUUAUUUUUUUAUUUUUUUCGUUGUAAAUAGAUUGGCCCAGGAAAAAAAUCGAAGUUCAGAACCGCUAAUUUGUUUUCAAUUUUUGAUAUUUUCUCGCUCUAUCCCAAUCUAAAGGAACGAAACAAAUAAAAUCAACAGAAAAAUUGAAAUUCACCAGAAAUAACUCAAGUAUGCGAACUCUAGGCGCGACACUCCGAGAAAUGGCCAGCCGGGUGACGCCGUUGGACGCGUCGAUCAGCGGAUGGAUGACCCGGGUCCGAUGCGGCCAUUCCAAAAAAGUCUUCGCUGCCUUGGUCGGCCAGAAACUCAUGUUCUUCAAAAACUCUCAUGACAUGGUUCGUUUAUGUUAUUCGAGAGGAAAUAAGCCAAAAAAAAAAACAAACUUGAAGUGAUCGAAAUUUCAUUGUUAAUAAAUAAAAGUCUUGAAAAAUGGGCAAUAAUUUUUGAUAUGAUUCUUGGUCAAAAUAGGCGGGUCUUACAGUAAGAUAUGUUUUUUACAAAUGCGCCUUGAAGGGUUUUUUAUACUUUGCCCUGAAAUCUAUUGGAGACUAAGAAUUCCCAUAGAGCUUUCUGAUCUAUAUCAUUUCGGUCAUAACUAUCUUUUCAAGACCAUUUUAUCAACAUUUAGCUUUUCGCCUGUAAAUAAGGUUCGAAUCGAAGCUAACGAUGAAAAAAUACAUAAUAGAAAAGGAAUACCCAAAAUAUAAAAUCUGGAAAAAUCUUUUCCCCUAGAAAAAUUUGAAAACUUUUUUCAUGUUUCUUUCAACAGCCCAGCAAUGUUUUAUGUGUCAAAUACCAAGAAUUUCAGCUUCAAAAUGAAGAAAAAUUGAUUAUUAUCAAUUUUCAGGUUCCCAGCGGUUUUCUUUACGUUCAAGGCGCCCAGAUCAGCGAGAAGAACGACGGGCUCGAGGAGUACAGCGGGAGCAGCGACGAACAGUUGGAGAUCACCAAGGACCAUCCGAAUGCCCGGAAACAUUCUGACAGUCUUUGCAUACAGGUUUUUUUCAUCUUCUCUCAGAAAAUUCAAAAAAGCCUCUUUCUCCAGAUCGCCAAUGAAGACCCCGUCUACCUGAUGCUUCAAGGGUCAGAAGAGAAGGAGAAGUGGCUCUACUUUCUGAAGAACGCCAGCGGCGACGCCACCCUCUGCGGAACGCCCUUCGAGAUUCUCGUCAAAAGAAUGAUGGCAGAAAAUGUGACGUCGGAGUCUCCAUUGUGGAAAGAUUUGCUGCUGACGUCUUCUGAAGAAGUUCCCAAGGACACUCUGGUCACCGUCGCGCCGAAUGACAAGAAGAAGACCCUCGAAAUCGCUAAGGUGGCCUCAAAAUCUGAUUUUUAACUUUGAAGAUGGGUUUCAGGCCUGCCACUUGUUCGUUUCGGUGUUGAUGAGAGCCCAGGCGGUUCAGUAUCAUAUCGAUCUUGCACAAAAUAUUCUUUCUACUGCGAUUCAGGUAAAAAGGUUGAGUAUCCAAUCCAAUAACCAACCAUAAUUCAGAAUGAGUUCUUGAAAAACGAGGUUUACGCUCAGUUGAUCAAGCUGACCAGUGGAUCGAUGCCUUUUGGGCUUCAGGUUCAGUUUUUAUUUUCUUUAAAUAGAAUUUAGGACAUUUUUCUUCAAGAAGAAUGAGUGAUCUCGUUGAAAAUCUUGUGAAAUUUCUCUGAAUUAUUAAAAAUUGUUUGUUUAGACUAAAAUUAGAAGAUGGAACAAAUGAACAAACCUUAGUUGGCUCCCCGGAAAACACUAGAAAUGAGCUCCAAAGUUCUUGAGCAGCCGGUUUUAUUUUAUUUUAGUAUAGUUUCCAUGGUCCUACUGGUUAUGAAAAAAAACAAAUUCACGAUUUUCAGGGCUGGAAACUGUUGGCCUUGGCGAUUCCCCUAUUCUUGCCGAAGCAAUACUCGUUGCUGUGGCUUCUGAAACGGCACAUCUCCAGAUGGGCCGAUAUGACGUUAGAAUCUCCUUGGUCAUCUCCUACUCUUUUUUUCCAGUGGCGACGAGGCGAACAUGGCGGCGUUCUGCGAAAGCGCGCUCGACAGAUGUCUGCGAGUCGGAGGCCGACACGAGGGUCCAAGUCGACUCGAGGCGACUUCUGUGCUCACUCGUGACGUCACCACUACUAAAUUCCCUCAUUCCAUCUCUGUCCGACUCCCCAAUGGAGAAUAUCAGGUUUGUCUGCGUUAUUUGCACUGAAAGAAACGCGAAUUUCGAUAACUUAUAGUGAAAAUUCAUCUGAUCAAUUUCUAAAUUUUCUAAAGUAUUCAUUCGAAAGUAAAAUGAAUAAGAGUUAGAUUUUUCUGAAAUAUUUCUUCAACAAGUACAUGGUAUGAGCUCACAUCGGCGCUUCUGAAGAAGAUCAGGAUUUUUUCCUUCUACUUCCAAUCUCAAGUUCGAAAUUUUUGAUUGAGGUGUCGGAUUAUAAAUCCUCAAAGCACAAACAAAAAAAUUAGCCUAUUUUGAACAAACAUUAAAAAACAACUUCAUUGGGUUCAGUAAAAGUUUCAAAAAUGAGCAAGGAGGCUAAUUUUAUAAGUUUAAAGAGAAAGAAACUUUCUUCGCAGCCCUGCCUGAAGAACUUUUGAGCUCGAGUUCGAAAAAAAAAAAGUCAAUUGACCCUUGUUCUAUACAACCCUCAAAAGUUGAAAUAAAGUUGAGGAUCAGAAAGUUUUGGAGAAAAUUCAAGAUUUUUUAUAAAAGAAGUUCAUAUAUUCACUUGAAAAAUGGAGCAUGAAAUCUCUUGUCCAUUUCAAUUUUUUUACCAUCUCUUGUACUGUUGAGCUUACUUUGAAGAUCGUCGAGUUUGACGGCUCGACGGAGAUCGGCCAGUGUCUGUCCUCGCUGUGUCUGAAGCUCGGAAUGAGACCGGCCCUCCUCUCCGGCUACGCUCUCUACAUGUCGGACCCCGUGACGCAGAGCUACCAACUCCUCAAAGGAAAGCAGAAACUCUGCGACGCCUUGACCGUCUGGGAAGCCAAGCAGCGCGACAUCCAAAGAGGCAAGGUCUCUGCCGACUGCGCCGCCGCCUUGUCUCUUCGGAUGCGCCAUUUCUGGCCUCAUUUGGUAGUUCUCAGGGUUUGAUCGUCAUCAUCAAGAAUGUCUUAGAUUUCUACUGAAACGCCCAUCGAGAAGUCGUUUCUGGUCUGGCGCGCCGCUGAGGAAAUCGUCAAGAGUCGGAUUCCUUUGAGCAGUCAACUGGCUGAUAAUCUUGCCGCUCUCUAUGCUCAGGUGGGAAGUCGAUCGAAGAGCUUUUCAAAGGCGCAUCUAAAAGGAAAUAUUUGCAAGGCAUUUUAUUGAAAAAAUCGAAGCAAAGCGAAUAAACUUCCUACUAGGAGUUACCUCUUACUUAUUUUUUUGUAAAAAUAAUUUUUUUAUCUAAUAAUCUUUUUUGAUUUCAAUAUUUAGCCAGCCUUUUACGUUUUCCUAUUCAGUUGACGUUUGGAGACGUGCCGUCAAACAAUAUUUCUGAGCAACAGUUCGAGUUCCUCACCAGCAGGUUCUACCCUCAACGACUUCUCGACGUCGCGUGCAUCAAGUCACUCAGGUUCAACUUGUGUUUACCUAGGAAACGAAGAAGACACCUGUUCAGACUGCAAAUCCAUUCCAACUGGGCUGAACUUCACGGCAUGACCGAAUUCGAGGCGAUUCGAAUCAUCCUUCAGGUUGAUGAUUUCGAUAUUUAUUUGAAAAAUCAGUUCGAAACCAUAAAGUGUUCUGAAAAAGUAGGCGUGAAAGAUGACAUAAAUCGUAGGGAAUUAUGAAAGAAAAGCUGUUAAAACAGCUAUAAAAGUUGAUUGUUUUCAUGGGUUAAAUGGAGAAAGCAUUUUCGAAGAGUAAAUCAGCCAGAAUAUUUUAUUUGAAGCGUAGAAUAGCUUUGAAAAGGAACUUUCAGGUUCUACGGAAAUGGGCUCUUUUCGGAUGCGACCUGCACGAGGCUGCGAUGAGAACGAGCAAUGAAAGGAAGAUCUACCUGGCCCUCGCCGACACCGCCGUCCAUAUGAUCGAUCGACGACAUUUCGUCAGUCUUUCUUUCAAAAUAAAAUAUAUUUUUUCGAAUAUAGUCUGUGUGCCACGACUUGAAAUUCACGGAACGACAUUCCGAUGUUCCGCUGCGUGUGGGAAAACAUGAAAGAAGAGUACCUUAAUAAAGAAAAGGAAAAAAAAAAUUAAAAGCGCGACCAAGGUUCGCGAACGCGCGCAGCGGCACAGCGGAAUGUCGUUUGGUGAAAUUCCAAGUCGCGGUACACAGGCUAUAAUCAAACUUGUUUUCAAUAAAACUUUCGAAUAUUGAAUCUCAAGUUCAACUACUCGUUUUCUAGAACUUCGCCAAUAUCAACUUUCAGGACGUGAUCCGCACGAUUCCCUACCACAGGCUGUCGUCUUUCGGACCUUUCCAGAGCGACUUCAUGCUCACCAUCGAACGACCUCUUCCUCCGGGUUCCCAUCCUGAUGAAACGCCCAAAGAAAGGCUCACCUUCACCAUGGAGAAACAUGAAAUCGAACAGGUACUUGGUUUUUAGUUUCUACUGAAACUCAUCAAAAAUAGUAUGAUUUGAAAGCUUGAGCAUUGAAGAAAAUUGAACUGUAAAUAGUCUGAAAUUACUUUUGAGCUGAAGUGAGCUGUGGCAUAUGCGCUCUACGGAUGAAUCACGCAUGAAAGUUUUAAGGAUUUUAUUCUGAAAGAUUAUAUUCUGAAAAUUUUGAUUUUCGAACGCUCUCUCUGUGGAGCACAUUUGCGCAAAAUUAAGGCUAGUAGCUCCACUUUCAUAAGUAUUUUAUUUUGUAGGCUUAGAUUUCGGAAAAGAAUCAUUUUGCUCAAUGCAAAAAUAUGGUUAUGAUUUUUGAUAUAAUCUUUGUUCAAAACUGAUUUUUCAGGUGACUCUGCACCUAGCUGAGUAUAUCCGAUGUCAGAAACUGGUUUGGAAAGUCUCGAAAUGAGAAAAGAAAAACGUGAACAUUGUUGUUAUCUUAUUUGUACAUGUCAUGCAACUGCGUUGCGUUGUUGAAUUUUCGACUUGAAAACAUUGCCUGGCUCAAAUUUCACUUACUUACUGUCAGAUUUAAUUUAUCGCUUCGAUCCCUUUCUUUGUAAAUUCGUUGCAAGUGCAAUUGUUUUCCGUCUUACACCAUUUUUUCAGAAUAAAUUGUGAUUCAUAAUGAGUAUUUAUGUUUAUGCAAAAGGCUUUCAGCGGCGGAGACAAAGCAGCAGAUAUUUCGAUGAGUGACUCAUAAAUCAGGAAUUUUUGGGAUCAAGUCGUUGUUUUAACAUCGAACUUGCGAACAAUAACAACUUUUGUGCCGAAGAAUUAGUUAAAAAAUUGCAAAUCUGUUCUUUCAAAACCUUCAUUGAGUACAUCCGAAAGUACUUUGAAAGUUUCUUCCUAGAAAAUUCUAGAAUGCAGCGUAACAGAACCGUUUCGGUCGUAAAGGAACUUCCUCCAAAUUAGGACUGAUAAUCUGAAUUUGUGACAACUAUUUUUCAGAACGAGUACACAUUUUUGUAUAAUACUCGCUCCUCGGAGACCAUUUUUCAGUUUUCUUGGUUUGGAACGCGCUAAUACCAUCAAGAAAUGGAAAUGUAACUAUUCAUGUAAUUUGGCAUAAAUUUAUUUGGGAACCUAUUCUAAUUUGUUCAGCAAAAAAAGAAGUUGUAUAAAAAAAUUGUCUAAUAAUAAUUUCAAUGAACAACAAUCGAUCUGGAACUUCAAGAAAUAUCUAGGGGUAACUGAAGAAAUAAAAACUAAGAUACACCCUUCAGAAAAGUUGGUUUUCUAGUUCAAUAUUUCCGAAAGGCUACAUUUCCUUAUAGAUAUAGUUUGGAGAAAGAAUUAUCGCCGGAAAAUCGUCCCACGGUCGCCCAGAAUAUUUCUUUUUAAUUCACUUUGCCCGCUUCGAAUCGUUCCCCAAUCGAUUCCCGUUUCUCACCCGGCUCCACGUUUUCAAUUAUCAUUUCUCAACUUUUUAUCAGAAAGAGCUUUGGGAAAGGUACUAAAAAAAGUUGGCAAAACAGUUUAGCAAUAUUUUUUCUGAUUUUGCUUAUCUUAAAAACUUUAAGGUUGAAAUACCAUUUGUUUUUUUCGAGUCUUUGACUCAAAGAAAAAGUCAAUUAUUAUUCUAUUUUUUUCGCUCGAUUCACCUUUCACAAAAAAAUUGAGCGUUUGAUCUUGAAAUAUCCAUUAUUUUUCUCGAAAAUGUUAUAAUGAGUCAUUUAUGUAUGAGCAUUAAGGAUUUUUACACUUUUGUGCAUAAAAGAUGGGCGUGGCUACAGAACCGGAAAAAAAGAAAGUCUUGCGAAACAAGCGGAGAGUAUAAAUACAGAGACGGGAGACGGAAUCAGUAGCUGUCGAAAGACAUUCCGCUGAAAUCGUGCGAAGAGCAGGGCCUGUGUCGGGGCUCUGCGACACGCUAUUUCUCUUGCGCAGACGUACCUUCCGCAUUUCUUUUUGGACUCAUUUCUAUAAAGAAGAGGGAAAUUGCGUGGUACUUCUGUGCAAAAUGCAUAGUUCUGGUUUGCUGGAAACAUGAGAAUUCCUUGCAGACACAGAAACUGCUCUCUGCACGAUUUCAGGAGACAUGCCGUCCGCAAUCCGCUCUCGCUUCAACCGCGUCCGCAAGUUCCUACGCGACCUCUUCGUCCGUCGACCGCAAGAAGGACAGCCUCGGGAUCCGCCUCGGCGUCUGGUCAUCAGCCGCCCCACUCUCGUGCUUCGCUCCAUAAGCGUGAGUUCCUUUCAUUUCAAACAAAUCAGUCGAGCUUCUUUGCUACUUCCUUGACAAAGGACGUGUGAAGCUUUGAAUUCCUCAAAAUGUUGCUCAAAUAUUCUCUGGAGGUCUAUAAAAAGGUUCCUCAUGAUGACUAGCUGUAAUAACUUUUAGUUUCGCAGAUAUGAACAUUGAUAAAGGCAAAAAAUGGCUUUUAUGCUUUAAUGAAACUUCGAGAAUUCCUAUCUAAAUUAAUAGAUUUUUCAAGAAAUGUUUGAGCUCAGCUUCACAAUUGUCCCUAAGAAUCUGAUAGUGCUGCUUCAACUUACAAGAUUGAAAAGCUGAUAAGGAUGAACUUGUUUUUGAUGAAAAUCGUAAUUUUCAGCCGGAGUCCGCCUUAAUUGGCUUGAAAGACCCUGAUUCGAUGGGCGGAACUCGCUGGAUGGAGGUCAUCUGGCCCGAGCAGCCCGAGCAGCCCGACCAGUGA